CAUUGAAUAUUUUUUCGUUAUGUUCUGCUGCUGGCUACGAGCGAGUAGCCGCAGAUCAGCAGCUAUCGUGGAGUGUGGAGCCGUGUGGGGCGUUGUAGGUAUUGUGAUUGGAAACUGACGAAGUUUCCGCCCCACUAAUGAUCGGCAAUUCGUAAGACGCUUAGAAGCUCGGUGGGGUGAAAUAAAACUCACGGCCGAAUUCAUGCAAAGCAACUUAGCUCAUGGCUACAGUUACGGUUACCAUCAGUGGUCCCUUGCUGGCUACGCUCAUAUAUGAGCAUUGCAACAGUCCUGGCGACCAGGAGGGUUUUCUCUUGGGAGAAAUAUCAAGCCGUAUAACGGAUACGAUCAGUGACGCGCAGCUGCACGGCGAAAAAGAGGAGACUAACCUCAAAAUAUGUUCUAUUAUUUCGUGUGACCUAUUCGAAUUCUACGACAAAAAGUGUCAUCUGGUUGCGGACAAAUUAUCGGCACUGCUACGAGACAAGCAAAAGGAGGUGGUUGGGUGGUACCGCUUCAGGCGCAACACAAGCCUGCAGACAUCCCUGCGGGAGCAAGUGCUUCACCAGCGAUUGGUUCGAAAGCUUGGCCAAGGCUAUGGAAAUUACUUCCUGCUGGCACUCUUCAGAGGCUGCACCUCGUCCAAUGAUGCAACACACUCCAUGGAGCAUGUCUUCUUACGGUCCACAGAUCCGUGCGUAUAUUCAUGACUACCAGUAGCCCUU